UUAUCAAAAAUGGCGACUUGCAGUAACUCAUCCUCGGAAAAAUGUAUUCCUGAUUACACUGAAGAUAAAUAUAAAGGUGUUUGUAAAAUAAAAGAAGAGUUUAUUGUGGACGACCACGUGAGAAUAUUGUCCAAGGAUUGCUUGACUAAAGAAGACAAGGAGAAGAUAAACCAGUUAAGUAGUAAUGCAGAUGAAACAACUGACGAGCCGGCAAAAAAACGUGCCAAGUUGGAGUCAGAAAAUGACCCGAAAAUCGAAACCGGAAAUAACAAUGAUGAUGAAGGUGCUAUUGAAGAAGAGCCGGUUGUCAAAAAAAUAAAGUUAGAUGAGCGACGAGAUAAAUUAAAAGGGCAAAAUAAAUCACGGCCACCGCCGUUCAAAACAUCUAAAGAGCGGAACUUGUGUCCUUGGAUCGUAGAUCAAGCUGAAGAUGAGCCGGAAAAAAAAUGCCCGUCUCCAAAAUGUACUUUUAUGCAUGAUCGUGCUGCUUAUUUAAAAAUCAAAGAACCUGAUAUUGAUUCUCUGUGCUACUUGUUUAAUAUGAUGGGUAGAUGUCCACGUGGAGCCGCUUGCAGGUAUGCUUCCAAGCAUUUAUCAUCAGACGGCCUCAAUAUUGUUGACAAAGAAAAGUUCGAGGCUUUUUCAAAAAAAAAUCCAGCGACCAAAAAUAAAAUGUCUCCUGGACUGCAAGAAAAAUUACGCAAGCGUAAGUACAACUUUAAUGCAGCUGAAAAAAUUGUCAAGACUAAUGAUGGAAGUGGUCCUAAAAAACAUUGUAAUGGAUUAACACGUCCGAGCAAUAAUGACGAGGCAAAGGGUGAAAAAGUUGAAGAGAAGAGACUAGGAGCUGUUCCAGAUCAUGAUUUGAUAAAAUUGAGACCUGAAGAGAAGAAGAAAAUCGAGUGGAGAGACAAAAUUCUCUUGAGUCCGCUUACUACGGUAGGUAAUUUGCCCUUCAGAAGAAUCUGCAAGGAGUAUGGAGCCGACAUUACUUGCGGAGAAAUGGCUCUGGCCCCUAAAAUACUCAAGGGCGUGCAUGAAGAGUGGGCUUUGGUUAAAAGACACGAAUCUGAAGAUAUCUUCGGCGUGCAAAUUUGCGGUAAUAACCCCGGAGUUUUGACCAGAUGCGCUCAAUUGCUGAGUGAACAAACCGAGAUCGAUUAUAUAGAUCUGAACUUGGGUUGUCCCAUUGAUUUAAUUUACAAACACGGGGGCGGCAGUGGAAUGUUAAAUCGUACCAAUGUGCUGCAGAAUGUCGUUAAAUCUGUUAGUCAAGUUCUUGACAUUCCUCUGACUAUUAAAACACGCAUGGGUGUUUAUAUGGACAAGCCUAUUGCUCACAAUCUUAUGCCUAAAUUCCGUGAGUGGGGAGCGUCAAUGAUAACUGUACACGGAAGAUCACGAGAGCAAAGAUACACUAAGAUGGCUGAUUGGGAGUACAUUGAAACGUGCGCUAAAAAUGCAGACCCUAUUCCCGUUUUUGGUAAUGGAGAUAUUUUGAGCUUCGAUGAUUACCAACGAGUUAGAGCAAGUUAUCCCACGGUUCAAGGGAUUACAAUUGGUCGCGGGGCGUUAAUUAAACCGUGGAUUUUCUCUGAAAUUAAGGAACAGAAACUUUAUGAUAUUUCUAGCUCUGAGAGGCUUGAUAUGUUGAAAAAGUAUGCUAAUUAUGGAAUGGAACACUGGGGAUCUGACACUAGAGGUGUUGAAACUACGAGAAGAUUUAUGUUAGAGUGGAUUUCAUUUUUACACAGAUACAUUCCAGUGGGUAUUUUGGAACAACCACCACAAAGGAUAAAUGAACGUCCACCUUACUACAAAGGACGCGACGAACUUGAAACAUUGAUGGCUAGCUCAAACUGUGCUGAUUGGAUAAAGUUGAGUGAAAUGUUUUUGGGAAAAACACCAGACGGAUUUCACUUUCUGCCAAAGCACAAAGCCAAUUCAUGGAAAUAA